GUGUUAUAUACUAAUGCAUAUAAGUGUACUUCUUUCUCCCUCCCGCCGCCCCUCAACGUUUUACUAAAAGAUCUAAUAUCCUUUAAACCUAUCUAUAAUUAUAGAAACCUACAAUUCAAACAAUUUAAAUGACGAAAAUUAGUGAAGUGAAGUUUUGUGACCCCAAAGUAUUGAAUGUCUUCCAAAUAAGUUAUGACUUAAAGUCUAUUUUACAAGGUCAUAAAUUUAAAAAAAUAUAAUAUACAUACAGAUUUCACUUGACACUUGACAGUGUUGACAAUUCUUACCGAAGUGAAUUAGGACAUUCACUAUUAAAUACAAUUUAAUAAAUAAAUAUUGGUACUCAUUAUCACAAUUUGAAUGAAAUGAAAUAAGUUGUGUUGUAAGUUGUGAUGGAGGGUGCUAAUGCUGUGGCUGAAUUAGUAGGAAGUGUAGAGAACAGUGCUGCAGAAGGUGAUGGAGAUCACUGGGGAUAUAGCAUGAUGGAGCGGUGCCCGUCGCAGUCGUCGCUGGACGAGUCGUCGCAGCGGCGCGAAGCCGGCGACCGAGAGGCGGGCUCGCAACACGCGGCGCAAUUGCUCAGCGCACUCGCGGCGCUUCGUCAGGACGCGAUGCUGUGCGACGUGCGCCUGCAGGCGCAGGCCGAGGGUGCCACGGAACCCGGCGAGGGAACGUGGGCUCAUCGCGCGGUGUUGGCCGCCAGCUCGCCGUACUUCCGCGCCAUGUUCACGCAGUUCACCGAGCGAACGCGCCCCACCGUCACCAUACAGAACGUCGAGCCCGAGGCGUUGCAGGCCAUCAUCGAGUACGUGUACGAGCCCGAGUCGCUCACGAUCACGGAAGACAACGUGCAGGCGCUGCUGUCGGGCGCGUCGCUGGUGCAGGUGGGCGGAGUGCGCACGGCCUGCUGCGCCUUUCUGGCCGCCGCGCUCUCGCCCGACAACGCGCUCGGCAUUCGCGCCUUCGCCGAGCUGCACGCCUGCGCGGCGCUCGCCGCCGCCGCCGACGACUUCGUGCACAAGCACACGCUCGACGUGCUGCAGACCGAGGAGUUCCUCGCGCUCGAGCCGGCGUCGCUGGCGCGCCUCCUCUCCUCCGAUCACCUCAGCGUUCCCGGCGAGGAGCCGCUCCUCGACGCGCUGCUGCGGUGGCUGCGACACGAUCCCGCCGCGCGCCGCGAGCGCCUCGCCGACAUGCUCGAGCACGUGCGCCUGCCGCUGCUGCCGCGAGACGUGCUCGUCGCGCGCGCCGCCGCCGAGCCGCUCGCGAGCGCGCCGCUGCGCGUCAAAGACCUGCUCAUCGAGGCGCUCUCCUUUCACCUGUCGCGGCCGGAGCGCCGCGCCGCCGCCGCCGCGGAGUGUGCGCGGGCCCGGCCGCGACGGCCGCCGCGGUCGCCGCGCGCGCUACUCGUGGUCGGCGGCCAAGCGCCGAAGGCGGUGCGCGAAGUGGAGGCGCUCGAGCUGGACACGGGCCGCUGGGGCGCCGCCGCGCAGCUUCCGACGCGCCGCUGCCGCGCCGGAUUGGCGGUCGUCGGCGGGCGGCUCUACGCCGUCGGCGGGUUCAACGGCACGCUGCGCGUGCGCAGCGUCGACGUCUACGACGUUGCGACCGACUCUUGGAGUGCGGGUCCGCCUCUGACGGCGAGGCGCUCGACGCUCGGCGUGGCGGCGAUCGGGCAGGUGAUCUACGCCGUGGGCGGGUUCGACGGAGCCGCCGGCCUCAGCUCGGCCGAGGCGCUGGACCCGCGCGAGGGAGCGUGGCGGCCCAUCGCCGGCAUGAGCACGCGUCGCUCGUCGGUGGGCGUGGCCGUGCUCGAGGGCAAGCUGUACGCGGUGGGCGGCUACGACGGAGCCUCGCGCCUCUGCCUCAGCUCGGUGGAGCGCUACGACCCGGCGACUGACGCGUGGGAGCCGGCGGAGGAGAUGAGUGCGAGGCGGUCGGGGGCGGGCGUCGGCGUGGCGGGCGGCGCCCUGUACGCGGUCGGCGGCCACGACGGCCCCGCCGUGCGGCGCUCCGUGGAGCGGUACCGGCCCGCCGAGGGCUGGAGCCCGGCGCCGCCGAUGGCGCACGCUCGCCGCAACGCCGCCGUGGCGGAGCAUCGCGGCCGCCUCUACGUCGUCGGCGGCGACGACGGCGCGGCCAACCUCAACACGGUCGAGGUGUUCGAUCCGGCCACCGAGCAGUGGACGAUGUUGGGCAGCGCGAUGACUCUGGGGCGGUCGUACGCGGGCGUGGCCGUGGUGGAGCGCGGCCCCUGACACGCGGCCCCGCCGCUCGCGCCCCGGCCCCGCUGCCCGCACGCGCGCGGCUCGCAGACGCUCGAGUUCCACGGGCGCUGCGUGCGCGGCGUCUGCGUGCCUCUGCCCCUUCGGCGCCUGUCGGCCUCGUGCUCCACUAUCGACGUGCCGCCAUGCCUGCUGCUGCUGCGCCGCGCCUGCCCCGCUCCGCUCUCCGAGGACGACGGCGACGUCGAUGGCGACUAGCUCCCGCGUAUUCGUCUCCUCGUCACGGGACGAGGACUCAGCGCCGAUUCUCCAAAAAGUCAUUCCCUUCGCUGCAGCCGACGCAACCUCCCGAAUCACUCGAAUGAAACUUUUUAUUUCCACCUUGAACGAAGUCAAAAAGCUGGAAACUAUUAGUCUAGUGAAAUAUAUUUUUUAUAAUUUGUUAAAGAGUGAUUUAGUUUAUUUGAUGUUCCAGUUGCAGAAGAUAAUGUCUCGAAACUGCAAUAUUAUUAUUGUCAUAAGUGUUAGGUUAAUUGUGGGUUUUUGAACCGAUCUGAUUCCGAAAGGGCAGAAUUUGGCUUCAAUCUUUGCUCAUAUAUAAUGUAUGUAUGUAUAUAUAUUAUGGCCACAAACAUUCAAAUCUCUGCGAGCUGUGACAUCUUAACGUUUUCUGAGCAACAGUUUUAACAUUAUUAAGUAAAAAGGGUAGGGAAAAAAAAGAAACAUCAAAAGUAAACAAUAAAAACCUGGAUCAUUGGGUGCUUUAAAUAAUAGAAGAUUUAAUGCAUAUAACAAUAGACUGUAAGCGAAUAAAUAAGAGUGUUAAUUGCUAUACAAUUUAACAGUCGAAGAGAGUGCCUGCGUCCGGCUAUACUCUCGGGGCGUGACUACGACGAUUUAGGAAAUCGUCAUGCUUAUAAGUGAUCAAAAUGUCCGGCUAUAAAACUAAGAAAGCCUCAGUGAGCAGAAUGUACAUA